GUGUUCAUGCUCUUUCUAUGUGAGGCAGCCAUGGCAGCUGAUCUAGAUGUGCCGAACUUGUUCGUCAUUGCUGGGGCAACACUGGCGAUUCCCAUUCUGGCCUUCAUCGCCUCCUUCCUUCUCUGGCCCUCGGCUCUCAUCAAAGUUUAUUACUGGUACUGGAGGAGGACGCUGGGCCUGCAGGUUCGCUACGCAGACUGCGGCGGGUAUCGCUUCUGUUUCUCAUACAGAGGGAAGCCUGGGAUGAGACCUUCCAUUUUGAUGCUGCAUGGUUUCUCUGCUCACAAAGACACGUGGCUCACUCUGGUCAAGUAUCUACCAAAACAUCUGCACCUUGUGUGUGUGGACAUGCCUGGCCAUGAGGGAACAUCACGCACCAACACAGAGGAUUAUUCAAUCCAGGGCCAGGUCAGAAGGAUCCAUCAGUUCGUGGAAACUGUUCGCUUGAGCAAGAAACCUUUCCAUCUGGUGGGAACGUCCAUGGGGGGAAACGUAGCAGGGGUUUACGCAGCUUGCUACCCCUCAGAAAUCUGCAGCAUGACUCUCAUUUGCCCAGACGGCAUCAGACAUCCGUGUGAGACCAAGUUUGACAAUCACCUGCAGGACCUGGAGCACAGCAAUUACACAUUAAAUAUCCCGCUGAUCCCCACUACACCCGAAGAGAUGGAGGACAUGUUCAGACUCUGCUCCCAUGUUCGCUUUAAAAUCCCUCAGCAGAUUCUUCAAGGGUUGGUGGAUGUUCGGCAGCCUCACAACACAUUUUACCAGGAUGUAUUUAUGGAGAUUGUUGGUGAGGAGUCCAGAUACGCCCUACACGAUCACUUACAUCUGAUUGCUGCACCUUUACAAGUGAUAUGGGGCAAAAAAGACCAGGUGGUGGAUGUCUCUGGGGCUGCGGUCAUCGCCGGCGUGCUGCCCGGGUGCAGGGUGGACCUGCUGGAGAACUGCGGCCACUCGGUGGUGAUGGAGAGGCCGAGUCGGACCGCCAAGCUCCUCCUGGACUUCAUCAUCCAGCAGCAGGGGGCCAGGGGGGGCACGAAGAAAUCCACCUGA